AUGCCGCCACUCAAUGAUGCUGAGCAACAUGAGCGUAUGCUCACAACGCUUGGGCGCCGAAUUCGCGACCUCCGGUCCAACCCAGAGAACCACUCGCUGGUAAUUGCAAGACUGAAUGCAAUAUCUCGUCUAGCACGCAUAUGUGUACAGUUCGGGAAGGAUGCUCGUUUUACGCAGCUUUGUCAUACUCUUCAGAGGGCUUUGCCCGGACAAAUUGGACUGCUCGAGAGUGACAUAAACAGUAACGUUAUAGUUGCAGAUGCUCUCGAGCGAAUGAUUCUUGAAUCUUCCUUGUUUCCUCGUACAGUCGAUGUUGUCAAUAUACAGGAUGGGAAGUUUGACCAGGGUGCUGAUGCAGAAUGUAGUGACGGCGAAGGCGAGAUGGAUCCCAGUGAUGAUAACUAUAUCGCACGGUUGCUCCUUGGUUCGAAAUGGGCUAAAGAAAUAGUUGAUUUUGCGGAGGAGCCCUAUAGGGAGAUUGAUGCCAGUGACAAGGAAAGUGAGAUGGAUCCAAGCGAUGAUGCCUAUAUCGCACGCCUGCUCCUUGGGCCGAGUUGGGCUACUCCGGUAGCUGAUUUUGCCGAGGAACCAUAUGGUGGAAAGGAGCCGUUAGGUAAGUGA